UUACUGGCUUAACCAAAAAAGUCGUCUAAUCAAAGCACCUUUAUUCCCAUUGUGUGUGAUUUUUGUCUUAAUGAGUCAUUGUCCUGCUUGUUGAUUCAACUGAUUAACUAAUUUUGUUACUGUUGAUCACGUUUGGCAAGUUUAUCAACUCAUUUUCAAUUAAAUAAUGGCCAAUUUCGCCAAGAAACUUGAUUUGGAUAACCAUGUUCUCAAUUACAGAGCCCGGCUCAAAAGUGAUUUUGAACGUAAAUUGCGAGCUAAAAAUUUUGCUAAACUAUACUAUUUGAACAAAGAGUACUCCAAAGCGUUAAGGUAUCUUAGUGAAUUUAUGAGUGUUAAAAAUGAUUGUCCUGCUGCUUACAAGCUGCAAGGAAAAAUUCAGGAAGCAUUGAAUGAGAGAGAUGCUGCUGUGCAAUCUUUCAUGAAGAGUCUGGAACUUGAUCAAUCACAAUCUGAUUUAUUUGACAAAAUCAUGGACCUGAUUCCCUAUACUAAUUUAGAGCCUGAUAAAGUAAAACUGUGGACAGAAAAAUUGCAAAUGGCCAAGAAAGACAGUAGUUUCCUCGAUAAAACGAAAAUUUGCUCACCAUGCUCAUCUCCCGGUAACAUUACCCUUGAUAUUCUUAAUAACUCAAUCAACGAACCCACAACACCAGCCUCAUUAAAAAAUUUGGCCGAUCUUAGUUUGACUGGAAGAAGUGACGACUUAAACUCUACCCCUAGAUCUAGUCGAUUUAUUUCACCUAAGGCACUGUCUCCUUUCCAGACUGCUAAGGUUAAUUUUGAGAAAAUAGAAAAAGAAUUGAUAGUCUUAUCUCAAGCCCAAGAAGGUAUUGUUGAGAGUGUUGUGAAGCUGCAAGACCAGGUCGCAAAGUCUAACGAAGAAGUUGUUGCGCUUAUCAAAGGACUACAGAAAAAUUUCGAAAAGUUUAACCUGUCUGGUCCUGAUAAUUUAUCGAAAGAUUUAACUAUUAUUAAGGAAACUGUCAUCAAGCAUACUGAGAUGAUGGACAAAGUGAUGAAAUCUCAAGUUAAUUUAGAGGAUGCCGUCUAUGAGUUAACUGAAUCUUAUGGUGCUGAAACUCAAGGUGAUGGCGCUGUUGCUGACAAUGAUAAUGAUGAUGAAGAAAAAUCUAUUUCUAAUCAACCUGACUAUUCCUCAUACAAUCAACCAACUCGAGAAAAUUUCCCUAAAAAUCAAUACUCAACAGUUCCAUCAGAUCAAUCUGCGAAAGUUGAACCGGUUUUUAAUCCAAAAUCUGGAGUAUUUUCUAGACUCGGUCAGUCACCAUCAUCUGGUAUUUCAUGGCCAACUCCUGUGAAUCCUUCCUUUCCCAAUCCCUAUAUCCCUAUCUCUCCUCCUGCUGCUGAACAAACUCUACCAGCUAAUCCAUCUACACAAAAUACGAGUCUAUUUAGUACUCCUUUCCCUUCUUUCGGGUCCAACGUUACUCCUACUUUUGGAGCUUUUCCACCAAUUUCCUCACAGUCAAUUCCUCAAAGUGCUCAACCAUCUCAACCUGGUCAAAGCUCACCCGUUAAACCUGCAGCCGAUCCAAUUGCUGAUAUGUGGAAAAGUAACCCUGGAGAACGUUGGGAAUGCUCUGGCUGUUAUAUGCGUCAUGCUAUGAGCGUUAAAAAGUGCCCUUGUUGUGAAACUUAUCAACCCGGUUGUUCAUCACCAGUUAAACCAUCCCUUUUCAAUUUUGGUAUACCUCAGCCUGAAAGCAAGCCAAAAGAUCAGCCAUUUUCUUUUAGUUUACCAGUGAAAAGUUCUGACACGAAAACUGAAUACCCCAGUGCUGAUGUGUCUGUCAAUCAGUCUAUUCUCAGUGCUACUGAUAGUUCUAUCAAUUCCAGCAUUAGUUCUAAUCGAUCCGAUUUCUCAUUUAGUGCUGGAUCAUCUAGUUUCCCCCAAUUUUCGUCGGGUAUCAAUACUUCUCUAUUCAAUGUCUCUCCCUUUGGCAAUACUACCAAUGAAAAUGAAGCUAACAGGCAAUCAGCAAAUAAGCCUUCGAUAUUUGGUAACAUUAAAGCAGAACCUGCUAAAGACGCUCAGAGUAACGUGAAAGUUUUCGGUAAUACGAAGGAAUUUCCGUCUUUCUCUUUCGGAGGCUUCAAUCCUGAUGCCAUUUCUAGUAACCCCUCGAAAUCUAGUACAGCAGCACAAAACGAUGAGUUAACUGACUUAGAGAUUGUUUAUGUUAAAGAACCAAAAUCUGAUGAAGCAGAAAAAGCUAAAAAGUAUCAGUUACCAAUCAACUUUUAUGAUUAUAUGAAUGCUAAACCUUGUCCUGGAUGUCGUGGAUGUGAUGAAGAUGCAUCAUUAGAUAAAACUAGCGUGAAAACCGAACCAAAGGCUGAACCAGCUUCUAAUCAGGAAGGAUCAAAUCUUUUUGCCGCUGCUAUGUCAACUUUUGGAACAGCACAAACGAAUUGGGAUACAGGAAAAGCAAGCUGGAGUAGUAUAACCGCGCCAGUUCCAUUAUUCUCUAAACCAAAUAAAGGUGGCGACGAAGAGGACAACUUUGCAACUGGUGAAGAUGCUGGUGGCUCAGAAAACGCUGUAUUCAAACUUCCAACUAUUCAAAUGCCUGAUAUCGUGGAAGUAAAAACCGGUGAAGAAGAAGAAGAACCUAUGUUUGUAUCAAGAGCUAAAGUUUUCCUGUUUAGUGAUAAAGAAAAAGAAUGGAAAGAAAGAGGUGUUGGAGAGUUCAAAUUACUUAAGCAUCCAACGAAUAACACUUAUCGAAUGCUCUUGAGAAGAGAUAAAGUACUAAAAAUCGCCUGUAAUCAACGAAUUACUCCAUCAAUGAAGCUUGAACCUUUAGACAAUUCGGAAUCGGCCUUAACCUGGGCUGGUGUCGACUUUUCCGAAGAACCCGAGAAAAUGGGCAAAUUUGCUAUAAAAUUCAAGAAUAAGGAAUUGAAGAACGAUUUCCUGGGUAAAUUUGAAAAUAUCAAGUCACUAUUAUCUUCUGAAGAGCAUUCUUCUGAACCAGCUGAAUCAAGUAAAGCAAAGCCAGAGCCAGAACCGGCUUCAAAAAACGAUCAGCCUUCAAAGCCAAGCUUAUUUGGUUCAACUUAUUCCCAAGACUCUAACACGAAUCUUUUCCAACAAGCCAUUGAUGAAAAUAAAACUGCUAAGAGCACUUGGGAGUCAACUAGCAGUGAAUGGGAAAUGGUGAUGAAGCCACAACCUGUAUUCCAAAGAACUGAAACUAAUGAAAAUGAGAUUGAAGGCGGUGAAGAUGCUGGCGGCUCGGAAAACGCUGUAUUCAAACUUCCAACUAUUCAAAUGCCUGAUAUUGUGGAAGUAAAAACCGGUGAAGAAGAAGAAGAACCUAUGUUUGUAUCAGAGCUAAAGUUUUCCUGUUUAGUGAUAAAGAAAAAGAAUGGGAAAGAAAGAGGUGUUGGAGAAUUCAAAUUACUUAAGCAUCCCACGAAUAACACUUAUCGAAUGCUCUUAAGAAGAGAUAAAGUACUAAAAAUCGCCUGUAAUCAACGAAUUAUUCCAUCAAUGAAGCUUGAACCUUUAGAAAAUUCGGAAGCGGCCUUGACCUGGGCUGGUGUCGACUUUUCCGAAGAACCUGAGAAGAUGGGCAAAUUUUGUAUAAAAUUCAAGAACAAGGAAUUGAAGAACGAGUUUUUAAAUAAAGUUGAAAGUAUAAAAUCACUAUUGUCUUAAGAUCAACCUUCAAGAUCCACCAGAGGCCAAAUUUACGUGUUAUCAUAUUAUUCCUUUUUGUUCGCCUCUCUGGCUAUUGUAAUGAUGGUGAUUAACCAUGAUUGUUGCGGCUGUUACAGUUGAACCUCACAAUCAAGUCAGCCAAGAACACAUUCAAUCAUUCAAACGUUAGCCCCAGUUUGAUAAAAUUUAAAAAAGCCUCAGGUUAAAUGUACUUUGUCUUUUUUAAUCUCAUCUUAUUCUAAAUCAUAUAAAAAUUUCUUACAACUCAA